AUGGAGACUGGCAAGCCAGGAUUGGCGAGUGCUCCAGUGCACAUCAGCUCUGUUGCAGCACAGACAGAGAAAAGGAUGGACAUCCAGGCCCCGCUGACGGCUGUUUAUGUCCACACAGUGCCAGCUCUAUCAGCGCAGACUUACCAGCAGCUUCCUGCAGCUGCCAUGCCGCCACUCUUCUCCAAGGAGACGCUCUCCUUUCUGACACUCCACAUUGCUAGUGGGCUGCCUUCUACACCGGGACUGAGUCUGGCAACUGCUGCUCCUACAGCCAGACCCAAAUCAGCAGGAAAGCAUGUGUGUCCUCACUGUGGACGGGACUGCAUGAAGCCCAGCGUGCUUGAGAAGCAUCUUCGCUGCCAUACAGGGGAGCGGCCUUACCCCUGCACCACCUGUGGAGUUUCUUUUAAGACUCAGAGCAACCUCUAUAAACAUAAACGUACUCAGGCUCAUGCCCGCCUCUCAUCAGAGUCAGAGCAGAGCAGCCUGGGCAGCUUGGACAGUGUGUCCAGCUCCAGAGAGACUCACAACUCCAGUUUGUCUCUGGACGAGCACAGCGAGGAGUCAGGCAGCGUAGAGAAGGAUGCCACACUACCUGCUGCUGAGAUUACCUGUCCAGCCAAUACUACAAAGGUUUACUCUGUGAAGACACAAGGGUCUGUCAGUGAACAGAAUGAGUUGACCCCUGCAGGUCAUAAGACAGAACCAAAUGAAAGUGCAAAGGUAAUACAAGAAGAAGAAAAACUGAGGGUGGAAAAUGAAAAACCUCCUUUGAUUGUCCGACAUCUUCCCCUUCAGAGGCAAGAGGCCACUCUGUUCUCUAAGCAGUGGGAGAGCUCUGUAUCCAGAGGGAAGUCGCAGAGCCAUGAGAGCACGGACUCCGGCUUCAGUGAGAGCAGUGACCACUACCUGAGCCCUGGCAGUGUUUUACCUGACCACAGUAUGGAUUCCCUCACCGAAUCCAACAAAGAGCAUCUUGUCGAAACCACCAACACACGCACGCCUUCAGAACCAGGCCAAGGUGUGCAGGAGCCCAAAGGUGCAAGAGAGCAGGAGCAGAAGACGCUGGAGGAGCGCAUAUCUAAGCUCAUUUCUGAGAAUACAGCUGUUGUGGAGGACAAACAGCUGGAGAAUGUAAGGCCACGGAAGACAGUUCUGUCAAAGCAGGGUAGCAUUGACCUCCCCAUGCCAUACACGUACAAGGACUCCUUUCACUUUGACAUGAGGCUCAGUAAGACUCCAAACUUCGGGUUACAAAGAAACAGGAAGCCUGGGUUGUACAGCUCUGUGCCCACUCAACACUCCACCACCACAGAGCAUGCCCCCUUAACCCGCAGCAACUCCCUCCCCUUCAGUGUUACCCUUCUGCAGCCGGAGGGGAGCAGCCCAACCUCCUCCUAUCAGAGCGAUUAUGUAACACUCAUUCGCAGGGGAAGUUCUGGCCAGAUCAAUCCAACAGGUUUUGCCAUCAAGCCUGUGAACCAGCAGUCAUCCACCCACCGGCCACUAGUCCGCCAGACAGCUGUAGACUGCAACCACGCAACAGACGGUCUCUUCAUGAAUUCAUCCGUGGAGGAGGCGUGCACCACCAGCAGUCUCAGUUGUGACGGGGAUGGCGGUGACAUUUGUGGAGAGCCAAGCAACAGAAAGUUCCGGAGGAAGAAAGCACAGAAGUUCGCCUACAACAAGUGGUACAUGUACGGGGGCGGGACGUUUAAGAAGCUCUACAAAGCUGAGAAAGGUGUUGAUAACACUGGUAUCAAAGGCAAGAAAUGUAUCAACCUAGAGCAUGAGGUUGUUCAGGGUCCACAAAAAAGGUUGUCAGCAAUUCAUAAGGAGACGGUAACAACAACAGGCUCAACAAUCAACAUGGCGACCAGCAGUGUGACAGUGUGCCAUCCAGGCUGCCCUCCUGCCAAGCUAUCCCUCGUCUCUGCUGUGGAUCUAGGAACUAACCAGCUUCAGUCAUCAUACAGCUCUCUCAAGACUCCCCUGCGGAGGAAUUUGUCGUCAGUGCUGCCGUUACCUUCAACUGGAUUAUUGGUUAGCCACAAAACAGACAGCAUGAGCAGCACAGAGGCAGGGAGAUUGAUUCAUGAAGAGCAACACCCUGAGUCCACCUCUCAGCUCUGCGGAGCCCAUGUUCCCUCCGAUAGGAAAAAGCAGAGAACUGAUGACAAAAUAAUUUGCCCCCUGGAGAUGGAGCCUGACCCAAACACACUGACACACCCCCCUCCCUUGGUCACUGGCAGUGCGCCUCAGCAAGAUACAAAUCUCAGUUAUAUCAACGUUCAAAACAAUCAAAAACACACUCAGUUCAAAGGAGCUCUCUUCUUGCCAUGCAUAAUCAAUGCAAAUUCGGCGUCUGUUAGCGCUUUGCCAGCCACUUGCAUCCCCUCUGCUGCCAAGACCAGCUUUCUGCCCAAGUACCAGCUCAAGUUACCUAAUGCUGCUGAACCUGAUUCAAAUGCUUCACCGGAUGUUGUGGAUAAACCAACAGGAAGUGAUGGAUGCACUUUCACCUCUGCUCUGUCAUCUUCUCAACCUGAGCAAACCUCACCCUCGGUCACAACUUCAGAUAGGACAUGUGGUGAUCCUGUCACCUCACCGCCGAUGCAGACUUGUGAUAUCAAAAAGAUCGGUGCUGUCAAUUCCACACAAGCCCAGCCUCUCUUGUCUUGCAGGGCCACAACCCUGUGUCAAGCCAAAACAUCGAGACUCAGUGAAAAUGUGACAUCUAGUCUACCUGUAGUGCACAGGCAGUUUGCAGCAACCACAAUAACCACAACCUGUCUACAUGAUCAUCAAGCAGGAUUAUGCAGCACCUUGAUACAGCCCCCGAAAUCUGCAGCAGGCUCAGCGCCUAUGCAAUUACCCCGAACUGUUGCACCCGCGGCUGCAAACUACCCUGCUAUACCUACCAUAACCACAGCAAGAAAUCAGACAUCUGUUUCUGCCAUUACAACUUACUCACAAGGACAGCUCAACUCUAACCCCCCUCUGUCACACUCACAACUCCUGCCGCCAUCAGACCAGUUAAACCCUGUAAACAGAGUAUAUGCCAGCCCAAACACCCCAAAUGUACCUUGUCACAUCGUACCCUUUGACCAGGUGCAACCAGCUGCUCAGAAUGUGUUUCAUGUUCAUACAGCAGACCUCCAGAUCUGCCUUCAGAUCAUAUCUGACGAGCAGCUGGCUCUCAUUGAACCGCAGAUUGAGCGGCAAGCAGGUACCAGUCCCCCACAGAGACGUGACAUGGAAGCAUUGCUCCCAGAAGUGAUCCAGAGUAAAGCUCAGAGCUCCGUCACCACGGAAAGUAGCAAUGAGGGAAGGGACCAUCAACAGCUAGGACAUCAAAAGGCCUUGGACCAAAGCGACUCUUUACCCACGCCUAAGAUGGAGAGCAUUAAAUCUCCACUGUCUGUCCACUUUGGGAGGGAACAGCCAAAUAUCCACAUGACUGAAUGCAGCAAUUCCAGUCAGGCUACAGUAUCAGCUGAAUCUAAGCCUCCUGAAGCUCCAGGCUUGACGCUACGCCCACACAAACACAGUCAUGUAAACACGGCCGCAGAGACUCUGAGCUCUGCGGGCGAUGUUAUGUCAACUGCUGCUUCACUCGAAGGUGUACAGUCAGAGAGAGGCCAGACUUCAGAGGAGGAACGUGCCCUUUCUCUGAACCACGGCGCUGAGGAGCAACUUUUGCCGGACAGGAGAGUGAGCCAUGGUGACCUGGUCUCACAAACGCUCUCUGGCCAACACAAGCUCAGUGUGACCUGUCUCUCUCCCAGCGCAGUGAAUCAGAGUAGCACGAGAAGUGAAUUACUGAGCAAAGAGAGCCAACAAAAACUCCAAAAUCAAGGAGCCUCGUGUAAUGCUGGCAUAAUAAAAGCCAAGGGUGAGGCCUCUGCUUUCAAAAACAGCAGGUUAGAGAGUGGGGAGACCCACCCCUCUUUGUUCAGUAAGGCCUCCGGUGGUGAAUGUGCUGAUGAACUCAAUGGGUCAGUUUCUCCAAAACAGCUGGACCCACAAGCAUCCAUCUGUUAUCCCUCAGGACCCACACUAACAGACCCUCUGAGUCCAUCUGAACAUGAAAACAGGGGCUGUGACAGGGUGGGACCUUUGGACAGUCCUGACCCUUUACAGAGAACGACUCUCAGUGAAUCACAGGAUGUAAUCAGCUCAGCUCACUCAGAAAAACAACCGGAUCAGUUUACCCCGGUGUCCUCUAACAUCCAGGUGGAAAGAGCCAAAGACCUCCCAGCUGUGCUUACAAACACUCAGAACUCUACCGCAGGGCUCGUGGAGGGAGCCUCCCUGGCGGGAUGUGCAACAGAGAAGGAGCCGCAGACAUGGGGACAUACAGGUGCCCCCGGGCAGUCGGACUGCACAGGCUGGGUGCCGAAGCAGAGCCAAGACACUGGAGUGACAAACCACCAAAGAAUGGAUGGACAGGGUGGUGGAGAGGUGAUGAUAAAGGAUAAGAAUGGCGGAAUGAAGACGGACCAGGUACCCGGACAGUGGGGCAACACCGACUCUAACAGCAGAUACACGGUCGUACCAGACAUUACAAAGCCAGAGGGAGAAGACAGACUGGUCAGGGCGGAUUCCUUUAAAAACUCGUGGCUAUCUGAGCAGCAUCUUCAGCAUCUUUCCCAGACGCACCCAGGAAUGUCUGAGUACCCUCCACAGAGCCCUCAGCAAGCUCCCAGCAUGUCAGAUAACGUUAGUUCACCGGGCGGCAGCAGUCAGACCAACCCUUUCAACUCUCCACAAGCCCCGCUGGAAAUGAACAACUUUUAUUUCCCACAACAACACUGGGAAAGCAGCAUUAUUCAUAACCAACAAACUCUGUUUACAUGUGAAUCAAAUUCAAGUCAACUUAUGAAAACACAGGCCCAGUUAACAGAAACACAAAAUGCUUUAUCAAGAACUGAGCCUCAGCAAACUACAUUUUCACACCAAGACCAAAAGCAAGACCAAAAGCAGACCCUCAGUGCUCAGCAAGGAAACAUAACUGCAGGUAACAACAGCACAGCAGUGAGCUGUUGUAGUAAGUCCACAUUAGGUAGUCACAAAAGCCCAAAUCUCUCGCCUGAUGUCAAAACUUUAUCAGACACACACCACCGCCAGGUUUCUCAUUCUCUACAAGUCAGUAGAGCUACUGCUGGAUGGGCGGGAAUCACCCACAACAUGCUGGAUAAUAAUACUGGGCUGCCAUCAAAGCCCUUUACACACCCAGAACCAGAGCAGGACACCACGGAUCAUGCACCAAAUGAUUACACAAUGCAGAGCAGUAACUCUGGGAGACCUGACAUUACCAACAAAUACCAGCCUUUUUUCCUGGCUGGUCAGCUUCAUGGCUACCAGCCAGCUGAGUGUCUGACCAGUGAGGUGAGGCCUGUGCAAAGCUGCCAGGACUACUCAGAAGACACCAGCAGUAGUGACGAUGAAGGGAAGCUUAUCAUCGAGCUUUAGGGGAAAUGUGAACAUACACAGAUGCCAUUUCAAAUUUUAUUUGCUGUAUAUUUUUCAUAGGCAAAAUUGCUCUGGGGCAGAAAUAAUAUCAUUGGCUGAGUUGAUUCAAUGGAUGGCGCUGAGGAACCACGUGUGUAAACUCAAAUUAAUUGUAAAAUAACUUAGUCCUAGCCUAUGUCUGCCUAUGGUCAAAUCCUGAUUUUAUAACUGUGACGUCAUCUGACAAAAUCACCAAACACAUCAAUGAAAGACAAA